AUGCGCUCCUCAACAACAGCAAUAAUUUUUGUCUUCUCAUUUUUCUUUGCCCUUGUUUUCUCGACAGUUUCAGCUGACAGCAAUACUACGAAUACUACGUCGUCAUCAGCGGAUGCGUGCUCACAGUGUUGGGUGAGCUCACGAAAAAGCCUUCAAGCAUGCCUGAAUAUUCCAGAUUCAGAGCUCUCAGCAUUUGCCAAUACUACGGACGAAACACUCGCUCAAAACAGUGCUAACUUUCCCACACUUGUCCCGUGUCUAUGUGCUCUAGCUGAGAAGGCCCCCAGUCUACUCAGUAAUUGCGCGGCGUGCUCUGGUGCUAUCAGCAGUGGACUACAAGAUGAAGCAACAUAUGUGGCAGAAAUUGUAUGUGGAAAAAAUGUCACCGCAAAAACCAACGGGAAAGAUUUGAAUGAUGGUUCAUCGUCGUCGUCAUCAAGUCCUAACUCGUCAUCGUCACCGGAUGCGAAUGGUGACGUUAAUGCAAGCUCAUAUUCUGAUGCUGCAUCAUUGUCUAGUUCAUUAUUUAGUUUGACGAGUUUGACGCUCACACUUGUCGCCGCUUUAAUAACUGCCCUUUAA